AUGGCUUCCAAUAGCCGCAACCCGAGCAAACCCCCUUCUCCUGAGCCUAUACCCCUGCAAGACCUUUCACGGCCUCCUGACAGUCAGCAAUCGGGUUCUGGCGACACCGGUUUGAGCUAUGGUGUCGGGAGGUCGCGAUCUUUGUUACGGGGAACAACAAAUUUGGGAGCUGAGAUUGGGAGGAGGAUCUCAUUGCAUAGGCAUAGGGGGAGUUAUGAUAGAGUGCCGGAGGAGAGAUUGCCGCCAAGGCUGGAGGUUCCCGAUUUACAGCUUCCUCAAUACGACGAUGGGGAAAUGGAGGAGCCAAAUGUUGUUGAGUUUGCAGAAGGAUUUGUGGAUGCUUCGGGAGAGCGAAGGGGUGGGAGGAGUGGUAGCUGGUUACCCCCUCGGAACCUGGAGCGAACGAUAUCGCCAUGGGCUGUAUCGGACGACGAUGAGCCUCCACCAGUUCGCCCAUAUUACGGCGUUGGCGACGAUGAUACCGCUAGACUGACAGACCCGAGCAAUGUGCAACCGAUGAGUAGAUCCGAUUCGAGUCUUGGGCAUAGGAGGCAGCAAUCGAGUCGAUCAAUGAGGUUUGGACCUGGACCCUCAUUGGGCGAUGAUUUACUUUCCGCUGAAGAGGGUAUGAACUCGGGUGUGAGCAAAAUGAAGGGGGGGACACGCUCAAGGUCUGGGUCUGUUGCUGGCGGAACUCCAUCCAGGUCUGGAUCGUUGUCGAAAAGCCGAUCCUUGUCACCUGGAGCAUCCCCGGUGAGGCGGGUUUCUGUCGCUGUCCAGAAUAUGUCGCAGCGAGUAGUUGGUCUUAGCAAUGAUCCGGAAGCUGUCAUCCAGGGCCUACGUCGAAGGAGUUCUUCAAAAUCCCAUGCCGAUGGACCAGUCCGCCCUAAUAUACCUGCCAUCCAAAUCCACCCUCAAGAUGACAUUGACACCUCCGAUGCUGAGGAAAAGCCCACCACCCCUCUUAGAAGGCCAGCACCUAGCCCAGGCGGGGGCCCAUGGCGUGUUAAUUCCAAUCCGCUGAGGGGAAAUACCUUGCGGAUUUUUUCUCCGUCUAAUCCUUUGCGACUUUUCUUAUGUGAUGUUCUAGUUCACCCUGCUACCGAACCGUUAAUUCUGCUUUUAAUAUUAAUACAAACCAUUCUCCUCGCUAUUGACGCCGCACCCAGUAUUUAUGAAGAUCCUCGAUCUAAGAGUUGGGGAACUUCAAACAUCGACUAUGCUUUACUUGUGCUUUUUAGUAUUUAUACGGUUGAAAUUAUCGCUCGAUGCAUUGUUUCGGGGGUGUUCCUAAAUCCUCGGGCAGAAAACGAUCCGAAGGGGAGAGGCGAACUUCGCCGCCGGGUAAUGGAGGGCACUCACAAGCUGCUAUCACCUAGGAGGAAACCGUCUGUCAGGGCCCCAUCGCCAUCACGCCUUGAACAACCUCCGUCCCUUCUGCGGUCACUCACGAGUAACUUACAACUCGCCGAUCGCGCUAUUCCAGUAGAUGGUCAGUGCCAAGUCCGGCUUCGAAUGGCACGGCGUGCAUUUCUGCGUCACUCUUUCAAUCGUUUGGAUUUUGUUGCCGUUGUUUCAUACUGGAUUUCGUUAUGGCUCUGUAUAACUGGAGUAGAGGCGGAACGACAUUUGUAUGUCUUUCGAAUGAUGAGUUGCCUUCGUAUUCUUAGGCUGUUGGGGAUCACUAGUGGUACUUCUGUGAUUCUAAGGAGUUUAAAGAAGGCUGCACCUCUGCUUGUCAACGUGGCAUUGCUUAUCGGGUUCUUCUGGCUUAUAUUCGCUAUUAUUGGAGUUCAGAGCUUCAAGAGUUCUUUUCGGAGAAGUUGUGUAUGGGUUGAUCCGGAGGGAGUUCAAAGAAACUUUACGCAAGAAUUCCAAUUUUGUGGAGGGCACCGAAAUAGGCUCACUGGGCUGGAGGAACCUUACGUCUAUGAAGACGGCACACCCGGGACGAGGUUCCCAAAAGGAUAUAUAUGCCCUGCCAAUUCAUUCUGUGUUUCCAGUAACAAUCCAUAUGGAGGAACAGUCAGCUUUGACAACAUUGCCCAGUCAUUGGAAUUGGUUUUCGUGGUCAUGACUGCGAAUACCUUUUCAAACUUGCUCUAUUAUAUGGCCGAUAGCGACUACUUGACGUCUGCUUUAUGUGAGUCCCUCAAUAUCCUGUAUACUAACCUGAACGUGGUACUGAUAUUAAUCGCUGUCAUUACAUCAUCCUUCCAAGUUAUUCGUGAGGAGUCAAGGAAGAGUGCCUUCGCUGCUGAAGAAGAUACCUCGUCCAAAGUGGAUGAGGAGGAACUUGUUCGAAAACCUAAUCCCUUGAAAAAUGUGUACGAUCGGACAUUUUAUGUAUGGGUCACGGUUAUCUCGGUCGGCAUCUUUGCCCAAGCUUUCCGUAGCUCGAAUAUGAGUCGCGGGCGGGAAACCGUUUUAGGCACUGUGGAACUUGGUGUCACUUUAGUGCUAGCACUUGAAAUUCUCCUGAGGUUUAUGGCAGACUGGCGUAACUUUCGCAGGAAAACCCGGAAUCUGGUUGAUCUGGCCUUGGCUCUUAUUACAUGCAUUAUCCAAAUCCCGCCUAUUCACAAAUCUGGGAGGAUCUACGACUGGCUCACGCUCUUUCAAAUCCUUCGAGUGUAUCGUGUUGUUUGGGCUAUCCCUGUCACUCGUAACCUUCUGUCCAAAGUCAUUGGCAAUGUGUCCGGUUUGACCAAUUUGAUCAUCUUCGUCCUGCUCCUCACAUUUUUGUGCGCCAUCUUCGCUGUUCAAAUUGUGCGUGGAGACCUCCCGGAAGAGUACCAGGGUGACACUACUGCAGCUUCAUUUCAUACCAUUUUCAACGCUUUCCUGGGCAUGUAUCAAAUCUUCUCCAGUGAGGAUUGGACGACGAUCCUCUAUAUGGCUACUGAUGUGCAGAGACCCUAUAACGUUGGAUGGAUAACCGCGAUUUUCUUUAUCGGAUGGUUCAUCCUUGGGAACUUCAUUGUGUUGAAUAUGUUUAUUGCUGUCGUCCAAGAGAAUUUUGACGUUACGGAAGACGAGAAACGGAUUUAUCAGGUUAAGACAUUUCUGCAAAACAAGGAUUAUUCAGCCCCAUCACAGGGAAUAUCGCUGUCGAACAUAUUUGGAUUUGGGAAGCAGAAAACCAAAGAGCCCCAUUCCCGACAGGCCGCAUUUGAGAUGUUAACAAAGCAAGCUGUUGUUGAAUCGUUCCUGGACGAGGGGGCGCAACAACCUCGUCAACCAGUUACCAGAGCCCAGCCGCUGCAUGCCGCUGCAGAGGACGCUCGCCGCACCGGGGACGUAAAACAAAGGCCAUGGGAGAGAAUGAAAAAUAGAUUAUUGGGGGUUUUAGGUGAAAAGGAGCCUAAUCCAUUUUACUCAUUCGCUUUAUCACGAUCUAUUGCGGAUCUGACCCCAACAGCCAUGGCACAACAAGUGGUGACGGAGCAGGAACGGCGAAGAAAAGCGCAGCGGGAGUAUUUGAGGAAAUAUCCAAACUACAAUGUCCCGUUACAUAUCUUUAGGUCAUCUAAUCCGAUAAGACGUCUUUGCCAGAGGAUGGUCGGGCCUAGUCGUGCUAGUAUUCGUUAUGAUGGCUUACAGCCUUACACGCCUUUCAGUUAUGCAUUCUCAAUCUUGGUCUACUGCGCUAUCGUUUCUAUGGUGAUCAUAGCCUGCAUAACAACACCUCUAUAUCAGAAAGAGUACUUCGAAAAGCAUGGUAGUUCUUUAAGGAAUUGGUUCACGUUCGCCGAUGCUGGAUUUGUUGCUCUUUUCACAAUUGAGUCUCUCAUAAAAAUUGUUGCCGACGGGUUAAUAUGGACACCAAACGCAUACCUUCGGGGAUCCUGGGGGGUGAUAGAUUGUGUUGUGUUGAUUACCCUCUGGAUUAGUGUCAUCACCUCCUUUAGGAAUCAAGGCGAGAUCUCUCGAGCUGUUGGAGCAUUCAAGGCACUUCGUGCCCUACGAUUACUGAACAUCAGCGGCGCUGCCCAGAACACCUUUCAUUCUGUUGUUAUUCUUGGUGGACGAAAAAUCCUUUCCGCCGCAUUUGUCUCACUCAGUUUGAUUAUCCCGUUUGCCAUCUAUGGGGUAAACUUAUUCUCAGGAUUAUUAGAUACUUGUAAUGACGACUCUGAGGGAAUUGCCAACUUGACAUCCUGCGUUCAUGAAUAUUCCAGCACACCUUACGAUUGGGGGGUUUUGGCACCAAGAGCUGUGGACAAUCCCUACUUUAAUUUCGACAACUUUGGAAGCUCCUUGUUUAUUCUCUUCCAGAUUGUGUCCCAGGAAGGAUGGACGGGUGUCAUGUUCGACGUUCAAGCUAUUGUCGGAAAGGGCCAACAACCUCGGCCGUUUUCUUCGCAGGCCAACUCGAUAUUCUUUCUCGCAUUCAAUCUGCUUGGCGCUGUCUUCGUCUUGACACUUUUUGUCUCUGUGUUUAUGAGAAACUACACGGAACAAACUGGGGUUGCUUACCUGACAUCCGACCAGCGUUCUUGGCUAGAGCUUAGAAAGCUCCUCCGUCAGAUUAGGCCUUCGAGGCGCCCUAAGGAUAGUCCUGAUUUGGACUGGAAGAGUUGGUGCUACAAGAGGGCUACCCAUAAACACGGUUGGUGGCAAAGAACAUACACAGUUGUACUAGUGUUGCAUGCAAUACUCCUACUAUUGGAGCAUCACCCGGCCCCCCCGGCUUUGGAUCGCACAAGAGAUUGGAUCUUCCUGGGGUUCAGUGGUAUCUUUGUUGGGAACUUGGUUGUCCGAGUGAUCGGCUUGACAUGGUCCAAUUUUCUGAAAAGCAGAUGGGAUAUCUAUGCAAUUAUCUCUGUCAAUGGAACCUUUGUCACAACCCUACUGCUCCUUGCUGGAUACCAGGAGAGAACCUUCAUUCAGUUGCAGAAGCUCUUCCUUGUCUCCAUUGUGAUGAUGCUGAUCCCACGAAACGACGACCUUGACCACCUUUUCAAAACUGCUGCAGCGAGUUUGACUGCUAUUGGUAACUUGAUGGCAACUUGGUUUGUGCUUUUUUUGGUCUAUGCCAUUGCUCUCACUCAAACGUUUGGUCUCACGAGGAUUGGGCCCAAUGGGAACGGGAACAUGAAUUUCAGAACGGUACCUAAAGCAUUAAUCUUAUUAUUCAGGAUGACCUGCGGCGAGGGAUGGAACCAGAUCAUGAGCGACUUCGAAGUUAGCCAUCCUAAUUGUGUUUAUGGGGAAAAUUUCUACGAGAGUGACUGCGGCAGUCAAGGGUAUGCGCGUGCGCUGUUCGUGUCGUGGAACAUCCUGAGCAUGUACAUCUUCGUGAGCAUGUUUAUCUCACUUAUCUUCGAAAGCUUCAGUUAUGUCUUUCAACGCUCCGGAGGUUCUUCGGUAGUUUCUAGACCAGAAAUAAGAAAGUUUAAACAAGCAUGGCAACAGUUCGAUCCCGACGGAACCGGGUAUAUUUCGAAGGAGAACUUUCCGAGGUUGCUGGGGACGCUAACCGGCAUCUUUGCCAUGAGAGUUUAUGAAGAACCGUUCACAGUGCCUGAUAUAUUGGAUGAUUGUAGAGUGGAUCCUCAAAGCCAUAGUAGCGGCACAACUCGCGGGAUCAUAGAGGGUGUUGACUUGGAAGCAUUGAAUAGACGCGUUGCGAUGAUCCCCAUUCAUAAGAUCCGGAGACAACGCCAUAUCUAUACUCUAUUCUACGAAGAGUGUCUAGUGUCGGCUGAUAAAGAAUAUGGGGUGUCCUUCACAUCUGUUUUGCUUAUACUCGCGCACUAUAAAAUUAUUAAUGACAAUAGGAGCUUGAGAUUGGAGGAAUACCUUCGUCGCCGCUAUCGAUUGCAAAGAGUAGAAGAGCAGGUGCAGCGGAAUAUUGUUACAAAUUUCUUCUUAUCUCUAUACUGGAAUAAGAGGUUCAAGGAUCGACAUAGGGCCCACUCCGGUGCGCCGCAGGUUCCUCAGAUAUUUGUCGACGACGUGAGUUCCAGUAGGCCAAACACCGGCCCAAACGUGCCACAGAUACUGGUGGACGGUGGAGAGGCGUCAUUAAGCACCAGUUCCACAUCAGCACAGCUUCACGAGGGACCAGUGACCCCAAAAAGGCAAGCGCCACCUCCGUUGGACUUGGACUACCAUGUGGGCAAUAGCCGAUCUCCUGAGACAUUCGGGAUCUCGAGUACACCACAGAUUGGUGAUUCUGAUCCCUUCGCGUCGCCUUUCUCUGCGGAGGAGUCUCCUUCUGUAUUGCGACAGAGGCUUGGAAGAGGAAGGUCUCCAGACGUUUCUCCUUCUCUCACGCCGAAUGAGAGCCCGAACAUGAGCCCGAACGGGAGUCCUGUAGGGAGCCCUCGACUUAGUCCUAUUGCAACUACAAGCGGGUGGAUUAGUCGAGCAGGGAGCGUUUCGGUAGGUGGUGGAUCACCAUCAAGAAGCAGAGCGGACAGCGAUGUUGUACCCCAAAACGUUCUGGAAGUUCUAGGAAGUUCGGAAUGGGGAGAUCAGAUCCGUUCAUACAUAGGGAGGUCUGGGGACCAAUCGUCCACUCGCUCGAGCCAGGGGGGCAACGCGGGCCCCCGCUAA